AUGUCCCCAUUUCCAUCUGCCCUUCUCCUCCUGAGCGUGAUGCAAGCAACCAAUCCAGAAACCAUCGUCAAUGAAGAUGCCCAAAAGACCUGCCCUGCGAUUGCCUGUUGUCCGGGUUUGAAUGGCUUCCCAGGCAAAGAUGGCCGUGAUGGUGCGAAGGGAGAGAAAGGAGACCCAGGUGAAGGCCUGAGAGGCAUACAGGGCCCUCCUGGAAAAGUGGGGCCUCCAGGACCCCCAGGAUUACGUGGAAUAUCAGGGCCCAUGGGGCCAAAAGGAGACCCUGGAAAGAAAGGAGAAUGUGAUUCCAGUGCAGUUGAUUCAAAAGUGACAAGUUUGCGGUCAGAAUUGGAACUUAUCAAAAAGUGGCUUUACUUCUCUCUGGUGAAAAAGGUUGGGAAGAAGGUCUUCCUGAGCAGUGGUGAAAAGAUGAGCUUUGACAAAGUCAAGGCCCUCUGUGCCAGCGUCCAAGCCUCUGUGGCCACUCCCAGGAAUGAUAAAGAAAAUAGGGCCAUCAGAAGUACAACCUCAGAAUUGGCCUUCCUGGGCAUCACAGAUGAGGUGCAUGAAGGCCAGUUUGUUGAUAUGACAGGAGCACCACUGCACUAUACUAACUGGAAUGAACACGAACCCAACAAUGCUGACCCAGGAGAAGAUUGUGUGAUCCUUCUUUCAGAUGGCAAAUGGAAUGACAUCCCUUGUUCCAGAUCCUAUAUGGCAGUCUGUGAAUUCUCUGAGUGA